AUGGAAAAUACGCGUCGAAAGGAGCCUCCGUUGUGGCUUAACCCCGCUGUGCACGUCUGGAUCACGAAAAAUGAUAUUCCCGUUGUGAACCUUCGCGACGUUUCUGAAAAGUUGCGUCUGCCCCGCUCUGCCCUUCGUGCGGACGAGGCGCCAGCAACCUCUGACGAAGAGACGUUUCAGGCCGACAGCUCUAGCAGCAACGAAGAAAAGCCGCCAGAGCCGAAGAAACAAGAUCCCCUUAAUGCCAUUCUUGCUCUUAUGCAGCGUUGCUCCGAGAACCAAGGUACACCACUGUUGCAGCGUCCGGCAGCUACUAAUACUCCUCUCGUGAGUGGAACAACCAUAGCGAAGGAGCCUGAACCCAAGGCUCCAUCGUUUCCCGAACCAAAGCCUGCAAAGGCGAUGAACGUUGAGUUUGUUCAGGGUGUCAAUCUACCAGGUGAGAAAACCACGACUGUCUCUCUCCAGGCGCAGUCGGAAGUUUUAAAGAGUGUUGCGCUGUUUCACGAUCCUGUGUGGGGAGAGGUUGGGUCUUCCUACGACGUAGAAUGCCUUGUGUCAAGGGAGGAGGGGAAAAAGGACGUCCUGGCUAGCCUGAAGUUUGGAACUUUUGCGGAUAGUGUGAAGAAAAGUGAGCCCGUCACGACCCAAACUCCAGCGACUGCGGCGGCCCCACCGCCGUUUCCGGCCCCCAUCCCGGUGAGUGAGAUGAUGUAUCAACAACCCCCUCCGCAUCCUGCUGCCAUGACGUCAUCCCCACCACAGACAGCUUAUCCGCAGGGCGUUGGCCUCAGCGCUCCUGGAUGGACGACAGCUCCACCUUCCGGCCAUGGGAUGGCCAUGCAUCCAUUGCAGUUUGUUGGUGUGUCCGUACCUUUUAUUCCCUCGACGACAGUAAUGGCCAUGCCACAGCCGUACGGUAUGCCGUAUCAAGUGUACCAGAUGCAUCCGCAGCCCCAUCCGCUCGCUUCAGUACCGCACCAAACUACGGCGUACCAGGUCCCCUCGGUCCCAGGUGCUUUCCAACUAACAGGACAAAGGCUUGUACAACAACAGAAUGCCUCAUCCCGCCCCGGGACAAACGUUGGGGCCACUCCUUUCGUUCCCGGGGGAAAAGGCUCCUGA